AUGACAUGGACACUAGAAUCCCGCAACAUUGGACGAGCUUAUCUUAGUCUUGCUAUACCUGCUCUUAUAUUCCACGUACUAUUCUGGGUACAAGUAGCUACACAUCGAUCACUUCGUCAACUUUCAAUGCUUUGGGUUUACAAUUAUUUAUUUACUGAUAUGCUUCUACUUAUUCAAUUUUUUCUUGAAUAUAUACUUCGUACUUCAUUACCAUACUGUAUAUCAUAUUCAAUAUUUAAUACAUUUUGUGUUUUGGAAGCAUAUACAACUGCAUAUAUAACUGUACUUGAGGCAUAUAUGCUAGUAUGUUUGAAUAUCACUCGAUAUUAUUUAAUUGUUAAAAACUUUGAUAUAGCUGCACGAUAUCCUUAUAUUCUUGUUCUUUUCAAUAUAUUUCUAUAUCUUUUUGGAAUGAGUUUAUUAUUAUUUCAAGUGAAAUUAUUUCGAACAUUAGUAUUGCAUCGACAUCCACAUACUUCGAAUUGUCAUUUUCAAUAUUUUAACAUAAGAACUCAAAUAGGAAAUUUAUUUAUUGUUCUUUUAAUUCCAAUUAUUUUAAAUUGUUAUUUUAUGACAUUAACAACAAUUCAUGUACGUCAAUCACGACAAGCUGUUCGAGCACAGCAUAAUAAACAUUCACAAUUACUUGUUCAAUUUUUUGUUCUUUAUAUUGUUUGGUUAGUAUUAUGGGCACCAAAUGCGAUCGUCUCACAUUUAAUUACAGAUAAUUAUCCAAGUACUUAUACACGUUUUGGAAGUAUAACAUGUACUUUAUGUGGUCCACUUAUUUUUAUGUUUAUUGAUCGACGUUUCUUAAAAGUUUGGAAGAAAACAGUCUGUCAUAUCGUUCGUUACGGUCGACCUCAACGACAAAUAAACCCAUCAACAAUUAGUAAUGAACUUCGAUUACCAAAAUUCCCCAGAUAA